CUCUCGGCCCGUUCGUUACUUCGCCCUCAGUCGGAGUCCGCCUGGGCUUCUUCCUCUAGGGCCUUUCAACAAGUAAAAAGGAACCCACCAGGACCACAGCACCAGCACCAGGACCCGCAUCCCGCAUCAGACCUCUGUUUCGUCGCAAUUUCAUUCAUAUUCCUCCCACGGAAUCCCUUCCUUGACUCCCACGACCAACAUUCCGCACUCCCCUGUCUGAACAUCUUUCGCAAACUUCUUAGGUGAUCAUACGACAAUACUGCCCUUCAUGCAGGGCCUCAAACGUUUACAAGAAGCCAUCGAACGGCACCGUGAGAACAAAGACAUCAACAUGAAAUACAAAACACCCCUCACCAUUCGCAACGUAAAUACCUUCACCGACGAGCAAGCCAUCGACGAUGCCUGUAACCCUAUUCGCUGUGACCGACACGUACGAAUAUCUGAAUGGGUUCGGGGGGUACAAAGAGUAGGCGCUGCCUGAAGUCGCCGGCAUUUUAGGGACACUUGGACUGACACCCAGCCGCAGGAGUGAAGCUGUAGAAGGGGCCUUGCCGUUGGCGGCCAAUUCUCCUCAAAAAUGUCCGCUCGGCCUAUACAAUGAGAAGUUGUCGGGGACCGCUUUCACCGCGCCUCGCGACGAUAACCUACAGACCUGGCUCUACCGAAUCCUCCCCUCGGCCAGCCACCAGAAGUUCGAGCCUGUGCCAGAGUCCUCCCCGAACUCCCUCACAUCCACCACACCCAGCUUCGGCAAGCAUUUCAAUGCCAUCCCCAAUCAGCUGCGAUGGGAUCCUUUCGAUUUCGACAAGGAGGCAUCCUGGAUCCAUUCCUUGCAUCUCGUGGCCGGCGCAGGAGACCCCACGAUGAAACAAGGCCUCGGCAUCUACAUCUACGCCGCUAGUUCACAAUGCCUGACAAAACGGCCUUUUACAGUGCCGACGGAGACUUGCUCAUUGUGCCACAGCAUGGCGUCCUUAACAUCCGGACCGAGAUGGGUAAGAUGCUGGUCAGACCGAACGAAAUCUGCGUCAUACCGCGAGGUAUUCGAUACCACGUUGCACUGCAUGGUAACGAGCCGGUGCGGGGAUACAUCUUGGAACUAUACCAGGGCCAUUUCAAAUUGCCUGAAUUGGGUCCAAUCGGUUCGAAUGGACUGGCGAAUGCACGCGACUUCCAGACUCCCGUGGCCGACUUCAUCGAAGACUAUGAGAACACCGAAUGGACGCUCUAUGGCAAGUUCGGAGGCAACUUGUUUGCAGCCAAGCAGUCGCACACUCCCUUUGACAUUGUCGGCUGGCACGGCACAUACUACCCUUACAAAUAUGACCUGGGCCGAUUCAACCCUGUCGGCAGCAUCUCUUACGACCACGCUGAUCCGUCCAUCUUCACCGUCCUCACCGCGCCCUCCAUCCCUCAUGGAGCAGGUACCGCAGUGGCGGACUUUGUCAUCUUCCCACCACGCUGGUUGGUCGCCGAGAAGACUUUCCGACCCCCGUGGUAUCAUCGCAACACCAUGUCCGAGUUUAUGGGCCUGAUCAUGGGCAAUUAUGAUGCCAAAGGGGCCGGCAAGGGUGGGUUCCAGCCGGCUGGAGCUAGUUUACAUAACACGAUGAGUGGGCAUGGACCAGACAUGCAGACAUUCGAGAAGGCAUCGACGAUGGACCUACCUCCGACCAAAGUCGGGGAGGGCAGUAUGGCGUUUAUGUUUGAAAGCUGUCUGAUGGUUGGCGUCACCGAAUGGGGGUUGAAGACUUGCCAGAAUGUGCAAGAGACUUACAAUGCUCACUCCUGGGAAUCUUUGAAAGUCCAUUUCAAGAGACCGGAGUCGUCGCGAAGUGUCAGCAACGGCGAAAAGAAGAACGGAGUUGGUGAUGCCGAAGACCUGAGCAGCGUUCACGAUAUCAGGGGCAAAUAAAAUAAUGACGGCGAAAGACACGCUGAAUUGACAUGUCUAUACGCAUUAUACCUAUUUAUAUUAUAAUAUAAAAGUGUUGAUGCUUGAAGGAGAUCCCAAUAAUGAUAUAAUGCAGCGUCGUUUUAUGCAUCAUUCGUGCUCUACGAGUCUGAUCUUUGGUGAAUUCACAUGUCAUGUCGAAAUUCGCUCAGCAAGGCACAAAGUCACGUGUUCGUCUUGGGGAUCCUCGCAGUCGCGCCUUGCCGCGGGGAAAGGAGCUUUUCGGGUGGUCGGCCUUUUGAUAAUCCGGAUGAGAUCUCCAAUCAAAAGUUGGCCCUCGACACGUGCCCAUAACCCAAGUCUGCAAGUCUGCC